GGAAAGUUAACUCCUGAACUUCGUAGACAGAAAUUUUCAGAUUUAUAAAAUCACAGAGAAAACCCCUGAGAUAACAUGGCAUUUCGCCGGAGAAACAAAAGUUACCCUUUUUUCAGCCAAGAAUUCUUAAUUCAAAACCAUGCCGACAUUGUCUUCACUCUGGUGAUUUUUAUUUUGAUUGGAUUAAUGUUUGAGGCAACAGCAAAGACGGCCAUACUGUUCAUUCAGCCUCAGUACAACGUCACCACAUUAUCACCAGAGGGAGAGGUGUCGACGUAUCACUAUGGAUGGAAGGACUCCGCCACCAUCCUCUUCUAUUUCUUCAUCGCCAUCAUCCUCCAUGCGGUGGUGCAGGAGUAUCUUCUCGAUAAAGUGAACCGACGUCUUCACCUUUCCAAGAGCAAGAACACCAAGUUUAAUGAGUCGGGCCAGAUGUGUGUUUUUCACUUGGUGUCCAGUGUGUGGAGUUUCUACAUUGUCAUUUCAGAGGGAUAUCUCCUGCAUCCCAGCAGCCUCUGGGAGAACUAUCCUCAUGCACAUCUCAGGUUUCAGGUGAAGUUUUUCUACCUCACACAGAUGGCCUAUUGGCUUCAUGCCUUGCCGGAGCUCUACUUCCAGAAAGUACGCAAGGAGGAGAUUCCUCGACAGCUCCAGUACAUCUGCCUCUAUCUGCUGCACAUUUCUGCAGCAUAUUUGUUAAAUUUGAGUCGUGUGGGUCUGGUACUCCUCUUCCUCCAGUAUGUGUCAGAGCUUGGCUUCCACAUUGCCAGACUCUUGUACUUUACUGAUGAGAGCCAUCAGAAAAUGUUUGAUCUGUGGGCGGUUAGCUUUGUGUUUACACGGAUGGCUACACUGACCCUGAUGUUCCUCUCUGUGGGGUUUGGUUUGGCUCGUGCUGAGAAUCAGGGGCUGGACUUGGAGAUGGGAAACUUCAACACUGUACUGAUAAGGAUGACUGUUCUACUGCUGGUGUGCUUGACUCAGUCUUGGCUGCUCUGGAAGUUUAUCCGCUUCCAGCUGAGACGCUGGAGAGAGUUCAGACACGAACAGGCGGUUCGCAAGAAGGCUACCACAAAACAACCCAUACGGCCACUCAAGAGGGACUCACUUGGUCACCACGAAAACGGAGUUCUGAAAGCAGAGAAUGGACUCUCUCCCCGGACGAAGAAACUCAAAUCCCCUUAAGACGGCGUGCUGACGAGUGUGAAAAGUGGCUUUAGCCCUGGCUAAGGUUCCUCAUCAGCUCAACGGUGAAGCUGGCAGCCCAUGGCCACCUUGCUUCUGGCUGAAAAUGUCCUCCGAUGUUACAGGGACUCAGUUGCAACAGACCUACCCUUGAAUGCUGGAAAAAAAAACAAAAAAAACAAGGAAAUUCUUUUGAGCCCAACAGACAUUUACUCUUCUCAUUGUAUCAGUAUUUUUUUUUUUUUGUGCUUUUCUUUAAACAUUCACGCAGCAUGCAGUCCCAUCCUAAGGCACCCCACUGUCUGCAGAGUGAUUUGGGAAAAAAAAAAGAAGUAAAUUGAGCACAGGGUGCUGCACAUGUUCAUGGUUGUGUCCAUAUUGAUGCAUAUCCUCAGAUGUUAAGUACUGUACUGGUUGUAGUGCUGCAGCUCUCUGCAUUGAGCCGGCUUUGCUUGUUUUUCCAUUCUGGUACACAGGAGCAGAAAAGUGUUACUGAUCAACCGGUGUGAUGUGAGCUCUCUGGCUAAAAUCAUGCAUUUGUCACUGGUCGCAGAUUUACAUUAAGUAUGCAUGUUGGAUAUUACUGCAUGCCGUUAUUUUUUUUUCUUUUUAUUGAUAUCUUUAUUAAAUAAUGGCAAUGUUCUGCAAAAAAUCAUGGAUGUAUCUGAUGUAACUGGUUUUUCUACUUGUUUCUGACAAAAAGGGGGGGGAAAUUAUAUCAAUUAUUGGAAACAA